AUGCGUAUCUUGAAACGAUGCUACCACGACUAUAUUCGUGCGGCAGCUGCCGGAGGUAUUGCCCGCUAUCCUCUCACUAAGGUCAUCGGAGUCGCUAAUUCGCGUGGAACUAGAAGUCACCAGGAGGACUUCUAUUCCUUCGCAUCUUUGUCUCUGGACCCUCAAGAACUACAUUUGAGUGUUAAAAAGGCUCAUGGGAUUGACUGGGACCCUACGUCUGGUGGUGCUCUAGCGAGACAAGCUGCUUUUGUCGGCAUAUACGACGGGCAUGGAGGCUCCGCUGUAGCACAAUAUCUUCGACAGGAGUUGCAUGGCCUUGUCGAGUCCGUUGACAAAGCCAUGAUUCCAGAGCUCUUUGCCUGGAUUCACGAACUAGGAGGCUACUUCAAACGCUUCAGAGGCGGAGUACUCGCCCCAUGGGUCAAUAUUGCUGACGAUUCACCUUCCCUUGACCUUGAAACGCGUCUAACCCUUGCCUUUUUCGAUGUUGACCGCCAUCUCUCAGCGGAUGGCUCAGCGCAAAGCUGUGGUGCAACUGCCUCGGUCGCUAUUCUCCAUCCAUUGGACUCGCCGCCUGCACCAUUCUUCUCCUCACAGAAGCUGGCCUUGACGGUCGCCCAUUGCGGCGACACGCGGGUUUUGUUGUGUUCGACGGAUGGCGGCAAAGUGUUCCCUAUGACCGAAACCCACCAUGCCGACGCGAGAGUAGAGAGCAUAAGGCUGCGGAGGAUGAUGGGGAGUUCUUUGAUAACGGACUCGUUUGGCGAAUCACGGUGGAUGGGUGCACUAGCCAACACCAGAGGCCUGGGUGACUUGCGCUACAAAAAAUUUGGCGUAACCCCAGAACCUGAAGUUCGAACUAAAUUGUUGGAAGGGGAGGAGUGGGCUUACGCUAUUCUUGUGUCGGAUGGAAUUUCCUCGAUGCUCUCCGACGGUGAAGUCUGCGAUCUUGCUCGAGAUGCCCCCAACCCGAAAGCUGCUGCCGAAAAAAUUCUUUCUUUUGCCGAAGAGCUUGGAGGAGAAGACAAUGCGACCGUAUUAGUUGUGCCUUUAGCUGGCUGGGGCAAGAUUCGUGGUCCUGACUCAACAGAAGAUCUGCGAGCAUAUCGGCGCCAACAGGCAGUGGGUAGUGAGCGUCAACGACGAAUGUAA